UCCACUAAUCUUUGUCAUACCGCUAUCUCCCAAUUACUCAGUCGCACACUUCUAAUUUCCAAAAUCUAGGUUAUGAUGCUGGACUUCGUAGUCUCAGAGAUAUUGUUAGUCAGGCUCCUAAACUUUUUCGAUCGAUUUGAUCAAAUACCAUUAAAAUCUCCAAAAUCCAGGUUAUGAUGCUGGACUUCAUAGCCUCAGAGAUAUCGUUAAUUGAUACGCUAAAUUGGGAAUUAGGGCUCUGGCUAUAUAUGAUUUUCGCUACUGACAGUUGGGCUCCACUUAAAAUGGAGUUUGGAUUCUUAAUGAGGUUGCUUGAAAGAGGGUAAGACGAUGAACUGGAGAAUUUUUGAGGUCAACCAAAUUGGUUCUGUGACUGAGAGCAUUGAAGCGGUGAGAGUGUCUAUGCAUGCUGGAUGGGGUGUUAUCGCUAGCCACCGAAGUGGUGAAACCGAGAAUCCCUGUAUUGCUGAUCUCUCGGUUGGUUCGGCCACAGUGAGCUUGCUUGAUUAUUUAUUAGUUAUAGCUGUUAUCUUUUGCCUUUGUUUUCUGUUUAUAUGUCUCCUUUGCAUCGUGUAUGUGUGAUAAAUGAACUCUUUUGCGAAGUACAUACUGGUAACUGAUAAAUGAUAAAGUUCUCAAAACUGCUGGAGUAAAGAUCAACGUUCGAGGUACUUGGUUGAGCCUUAUUUUGUUUGAUCUGAAUUUAUUUUAGUGACAUGACAGAGGGUAUGAAUGACUCUUACUUAAAUUGUC